AUGGCCAAUCUCACAAAAUUGGAUUUCGUUGCUCUUGAUGUUUCUGGAAAAAACUACCUAUCAUGGGUUCUUGAUGCCGAACUACAUUUGGCAAGUAGCAAAUUGGGAGAAACAAUAAAAGAAAAUACUGUUGCUUCUGAGCAAGACUGUGCUAAAGCAAUGAUUUUGCUUCGUCAUCAUCUUCAUGAGAGCCUGAAGUCUCAAUAUUUAACAGUCAAAAGUCCUUUUCAACUCUGGAAGAGUUUAAAGGAUCGAUUUGACCAUCAAAAGACUGUAAUCUUACCACGUGCAAGAUAUGAGUGGAUACAAUUGCGACUGCAAGAUUUCAAAACGAUUGCUGAAUAUAAUUCUGAAAUGUUUCGAAUUGUAUCAAAAUUGAGGUUAUGUGGAGAAGAUGUGACGGAUGAACAAAUGUUGAAAAAAACAUUUUCUACUUUUCAUGCAUCCAACCUUGUACUCCAGCAGCAGUACAGGGAACGUGGGUUUCAACAUUACUGA